GAGGAAGGGAGCGCGGCGGCGGCUCAGCGCAUUCCCAGUUUAGAACUCGGAGUUUGGGGCGCGGAAACUGCGCGGGCGAGUCAGCCAGGGAGUCAGCCAGCCUCCCCCUUGGAGGACAGAUGUGACCGGGCGUCGCGGCUCGCGGACCUGACCUCAGGUGAAGCUCUCGGAAAGGGCAGACGGAGACGAAGAGAUGCCAGCGGAGGAGCCCUGCGCCCCCGGCGCCCCUGGUGCCCGGGGGACCGAGCGCGCGCCGGGCCCCGAGCCGCGCCUGUCCAGCCAGCUGCUGCCCGAGCUCUGCACCUUCGCGGCGCGCCUGCUGUUCUACCUGGUGCCCGUCUAUCUCGCCGGCUACCUGGGGAUCAGCUUCACCUGGCUGCUGCUCGGCACCCUAGGGUGGAUGUGGUGGCGCAGGAACCGCCUCGGGAAGCUCGGGCGCCUGGCGGCCGCCUUCGAAUUCCUAAACAACGAACGCCAGUUCAUCAGUCGCGAGCUGCGGGGCCAGCACCUACCCGCCUGGAUCCACUUCCCGGACGUGGAGCGGGUCGAGUGGGCCAACAAGGUCAUCUCCCACAUCUGGCCCUACCUAAGCAUGAUCAUAGAAAACAAGUUCCGGGAGAAACUCGAGCCCAAGAUCCGGGAGAAGAACGUGCACCUGAGGACCUUCACCUUCUCCAAGCUCUACUUCGGACAGAAGUGCCCCAGGAUCAACGGCAUCAAGGUGCACACUAACAAGUGCAACCGGAGACAGGUGGUCCUGGACCUGCAGAUCUGCUACAUCGGGGACUGUGAGAUCAGCGUGGAGCUGCAGAAGCUACAGGCUGGUGUGAACGGGAUCCAGCUGCAGGGCACGCUGCGGCUCAUCCUGGAGCCCCUCCUGGUGGACAAGCCCUUCGUGGGAGCUGUGACCAUGUUCUUCCUUCAAAAGCCGCACCUGCAGAUCAACUGGACAGGCCUGACCAACCUGCUGGAUAUGCCAGGAAUCAGUGAGGUGUCAGACAGCCUGCUGGAGGACCUCAUCGCUGCCCACCUGGUGCUGCCCAACCGUGUGACUGUGCCCGUGAAGAAGGGGCUGGACCUGACCAACCUGCGCUUCCCUCUGCCCUGCGGAGUGAUCAGAGCCCACUUGCUGGAGGGAGAAAAGCUGGCCCAGAAGGACAACUUCCUAGGACUCCGAGGCAAGUCAGACCCCUACGCCAAGGUGAGCAUCGGCCUGCAGCAUUUCCGGAGCAGGACCAUCUAUAAGAACCUGAACCCCACCUGGAACGAGGUGUUUGAGUUCAUAGUGUAUGAAGUCCCUGGGCAGGACCUGGUGGUGGACCUGUACGAUGAGGACCCUGACAAGGAUGACUUCUUGGGCAGCCUGCAGAUCUGCCUCGGGGACGUCAUGACCAACAGAGUGGUGGAUGAGUGGUUUGUCCUGAAAGACACAACGAGCGGGCAGCUGCACCUGAGGCUGGAGUGGCUUUCACUGAUCACAGACCCGGAAGCUGUGAUAGAGGACCAUGGUAGUUUUUCCACUGCCAUUCUCGUGGUCUUCUUGGAGAGCGCCUGCAACCUGCCGAGAAACCCUUUUGACUACCUAAAUGGUGAAUAUCAAGCCAAAAAGCUCUCCAAAUGUGCCAGGAAUAAAGUCAGCAGAGACCCUUCUUCCUAUGUCAAGCUAUCUGUAGGCAAGAAGACACACCUGAGCAAGACCUGUCGCCACAGCAAGGACCCUGUGUGGAGCCAGGUGUUCUCCUUCUUUGUACGCAACGUGGCCACUGAACAGCUGCAUCUGAAGGUGCUUGAUGAUGACCGAGAAUGUGCUCUAGGAGUGCUGGAGUUCCCCCUGUGCCAGAUUCUUCCCUAUGCAGACCUUACCCUCGAGCAGCGCUUCCAGCUGGACCACUCAGGCCUGGACAGCCUUAUCUCCAUGAGGCUGGUGCUUCGGUUCCUGCACUUGGAAGAACGAGAGCUGGGAAGCCCAUACACAGGACCUGAAGCCCUAAAGAAAGGCCCUCUGCUCAUUAAGAAGGCUGCCACCAACCAGGGCUCCAGAGCCCCACCGCAGGGAGAGGGCCCUGCAGAUUUGCCAUGCCCUCCAGACCCUGCUUCUGAUAUCAAGCAAGCCUCCAAAAGUACCACAGCCACCACCAGUGCCACCAUUGCUGCCACCAAGCCCUCACUUCAAGAGAUGGGCCCAGAGCCCAAAGGCAAGGACAGAGCCAGAGGGUUCUGUGCACCCAAGGGGGAGAAGACGAGUGUGUCCACCAUCUUCCUGGCUGUCCCAGGCCCCCACUCUCCAGGGCCCAUCAAGUCACCCAUGAAAUGCCCUUCCUCCCUAUUCGCACAGCCGCCCAAGAGGCUGGCUCCCAGCAUGUCCUCGCUCAACUCCCUGGCCUCUUCCUGCUUUGACCUGACAGAUGUCAGCCUCAACACUGAAGACGGGGAUCUCAGGCAUCAGGGGCUGGGUGAGAUUCAGCUCACGGUGCGCUAUGUGUGUCUGCAGCACUGUCUCAGCGUGCUAAUCAACGGCUGCAGAAACCUGAUGCCCUGUACCAGCAGUGGAGCUGAUCCCUACGUCCGUGUCUACUUGUUGCCAGAAAGGAGGUGGGCAAGUCGUAAGAAGACCUCAGUGAAGCGGAAGACCCUGGAUCCCCUGUUUGAUGAGAGAUUUGAAUUUUUUGUUCCCUUGGAUGAAGUAAAGAAGAGGUCACUAGACAUCGCAGUGAAAAACAGUAGGCCACUUGGCUCACACAGAAGGAAGGAGCUAGGAAAAGUAAGUACAAAAGGGACUUUUGUCAUUCUUUCCCUCCUGGUGGCUAACUGGAGUUCACUGGUGGAACACACCCUUGCAGAAAUUCUGAUGGGAUCAUCUGGCUAUUACCAGAACUGACUUCAAGGAAGGUAUAGCCUCAUUGGGAGGCUUUUUGUUUUGUGUCUUUUUAAAAAAUACUCUUGAAACUGAAGUAUAUAAAUUAAUAUAAUAAACCCUAUUUUAACAAACUUGAAUAUCCAAGUUCAUCGCUACACAAGUAUUUGAACUUCUACUAUGGUAUUAAGUAUUGUUUUGAUAAAUACAGCAUUGUGUGAAGCUUGGAUCUCAUUAUGUCAAGAUUUUUGUGGUGAAUGGGAUUUUACUUAAAGUUAGAAGUAAAGGAAAUACAAUCCUCAGGAAGAUGCCAAGGAGAGACAAAAAAGAAUAUUUGUACACUCUGUAGUUGUUGUAUUUUAAUAAACACCUCUUAUACUCAUUUUUAAAAGCCCACUUCUGUGAAGUAGGUGAUGAUAUCCCCAUUUUUACUACUGAGGAAACUAUGGUGUCUUGCUUAAAAUUCUGGAUCAGUUCAUGAGUAAAGGCAAGCUGUUCUCUCUAAAACAUUCAUAAAUAAAUUCCUGAGGUACAACUGCAAACAGCAAUUCACCUCUUCCCAGGACACUGAGGUCAGUGUCAGUACUGUCCUUCUGGAGAGGUUCCGUAUUGAAAUCCAAAGGAAAAAGAGCUCCUGCUCAGAACUCAAGGAGGCCCUUUUUAUGAUCAAUUUCAUUUAUCCCAAUAUGUUUCCAUUUAAUGCAGUUUUGGGGAAGGGAACUGAUUAUUUGUGAUUGUUUAGGUACUGAUUGACUUAUCAAAAGAAGAUCUGAAUAAGGGCUUCUCACAGUGGUAAGUGAGCCCUUUCAUUUGAUCAAAUUAAAUUUGCUACUCAAGACAUUGUCUCAGACAGUUGCCCAUAUUCUCUCUCCAAAGUUCUUCCCUUUUCAGUACAUAUCAGCUCCUUUGUUUAUAAAGGAGACAUUAUCACCUUAAGGCUUUACUGCCUACAGAUUUCACUUACCUAAAGGACCUCUGUAAGCCCUAGUCUUAACCCUGGCCAGCCAACUUACAGAGGUGAGUUCUGCUGGUCCCACAGAGGCCCAGGUAGGGUAGAUUAGGCCACCUGUCCUGAUGUUGCCACAGCACACUCUCAAUACUAACACAAGUCCAAACUCAACUAUCUUACAGGUAUGAGCUGACUCCAGAUGGCCAGCCCAGAAGUUGAUGAUGAACAACAACAUCUUUAUUUUUUAAAUGUGUACAUAUGUAUAUUGGAUUUAAUUGUUUAAAUCCAUAAACAAGCAGCGUAUUUGUGCCUAACAAAUUAUCAGAACCUCAGUGGUGAAUUUUCACUGACAUAGGACUCGCGUGAAUGUAUGCACCAAAAGGGUCCUGUCUCAGACACAGAGGGUGAGGGAGGUCUGUUUGUGAAGCAGCUAUCAGUAUUCCUGGGCAGUGACUGACCAAGGGAGGAGGCUUCUUUUAUGGGACUAAAAGUGAUCCACCAAAAAGUGCCAAGAGCUAACUCUAGAUAAAGCCCUGCUGGCUGCCACCUCUGGUACUUCUCUGCCUGGAGGUUCGUUCAUGUAUCUGAUUUGGAACUAAAAUGUACUUUCCUGAUGGCAACAAUGUUAGUGAUAGUACUCCAGUGUGGGAUGGCCUGGGACCAAACUCUAGCAUUUGGCAUUAUUUCCAUAGGAAAAUGCAAGAAAAGUUUCAAACCCAGGUCUACGUCUGCACUCCCAUAGAGCACUGGAGGCUGCUGCCGAGUGUCAGUGCCAGAGAACAAGGGGCUUUCUGUAUCUCUCUCAGAUAGGUUUGGGAAUUCUGCUCCACUCUUCUAAGAGAGGGCUGGUUCACCUAAACAACAUGUUGAAAGCAAAAUAUGUAAAUUGUAUAUUUAAACAAGUGCCUCUUCUGCAUUUCAGACUUUAUAAAACCACAUAUUCUUGUCCUUUCUCACGCUCCUAGAGCUGUUGUCGAGUCACAUCCUCUUCACUUAUCUACGCAGGCAGUACCCCCUGCCAUCAGUUUCCUCUCCCUACCACUGCCUUCACUGCCACUUUUCUGAAGAACGGUAACAUCUUAAAACAAAGUUUUUGUCAUUUUACUCUCACUUAUAAAUUAUUAUUUCCUGCUUUCUACAAAAUUCAAGCCCACUCCUUGUGUUUCAGACCUAACAUAAUCAGGUCUCCAGUUUUCUGCUACCUUAUUCAUGUGCAGAUGCUCUGUUCCAGAACAGUCCAUAUAUAUCCUGUCUACUAAUCCUACUUACCUCUUAGAGGCCUAUGUCAAACCCACCUCCUCCAUUAAGCCACCCCACACUGACAGGGCCUCUCCCCCCAACCUAGGGCAGCGGUCCCCAACUUUUUUGGCACCAGGGACCGGUUUCGUAGAAGAUAAUUUUUCCACAGACUGGGGCGGGGAAGGGAAUGGUUUGGGGAUGAUUCAAGCACAUUAUGUUUAUUGUGCACUUUAUUUCUAUUAUUAUUACACUGUAAUAUAUAAUGAAAUAAUUAUACAACUCACCAUAAUGCAGAAUCAGUGGGGCCCUGAGCUUGUUUUCACUUGCCACUCACUGAUAGGGUUUUUUUUUGUUGUUGUUGCAAAUGUCAGGUUUAUUGUAUUCAUAUUUCUAAAUGGAUGUUUUUAGACCUUGACCAAAAUAGAAAGGGCUGGUUUACAUUUCAUGCUCCAUUUUUAAAAAAAUAGUUAGCAGAAGCACAAAUCAGAUUGCAGUGGGGUGGAGAAUGCAUCAUAGCUUCACAAAAAUAAGAGAGACUACUCUUAUCCUGGCCAAGUAUUUAAAAACUCAGUCAUUGGUUAGCAGCAGUCCUUAACAUUUUUAUACCCUCCUCAUUAUAAUUUCCUCACGUUGUAGAAUAAGCUAAGGGUCACUCUGAAGAUAUUUUUCACAACAGGCAAUUCAUAGAAGAGAAAUCUGAAUGCAGGCUACACAUGAAAAGAUGCCUUGACUGCACUAAGUAAUCAGAGAAAUGUACAUCUAAACAAUAGUGAAUUACCAUUUUAUACCCAACUGAUAGGGUUUUGAUAUGAGUCUGAAAGCAACUGAUAUAUUAUGGUCUCUGUGCAGUCAAACCUCUCUCUAAUGAUAGUCUGUAUUUGCAGCCGCUCCCCAGCACUAGCAUCACCGCCUCAGCUCCACUCAGAUCAUCAGGCAUUAGAUUCUCAUAAGGAGCGCGCAACCUACAUCCUUCGCAGUUCACAGUAGGGUUCGCACUCCUAUGAGAAUCUAAUGCUGCCGCUGAUCUGACAGGAGGCGGAGCUCAAGUGGUAAUGCGAGCGAUGGGGAGCAGCUGUAAAUACAGAUGAAGCUUCGCUCGCUCACCUGCCGCUUACCUCCUGCUGUGCAGCCCGGUUUCUCACAUGACACGGACCAGUAUCGGUCCGUGGCCCGGGGGUUGGGGACCCCUGAUCUAGGGCAUCUACUAUCAACACUGUACAUUUUUCAUUUUAGCAAAUCCCCGCCAUGUAACAUUUAAUAUUUUAAAAUGUUUAUUAAAUGUCUACUAAGGUCAUAUGCUAAUCAACUACCUGUACUGUGACUGGUAUUUAAUGUUUCUGUUUACUCUCCAAUUGACCUAGAAGCUACUUGAAUUGAUUUUCGCCCCCAUCAUCCAAGGCUAUGCUAAGUACAUGGCCGACGUGUAAUAAAAUUUGUUUCUGCUGUUUUG